AUGGAUAUUCAGAUUGGAGCGGUAUCGGCCAAGGCAUUUCUCGUCCUUCGCCAUGCCCUGGGCGCCACAGCCGUCACGCUGCUGACUCUUCUCAUCGCCAUCAUCACGCACCGGCUAUUCUUGGGGCCCCUGUCACGCAUUCCAGGGCCGCGGUUGGCAGCUCUAUCAAAUCUAUGGUACGCGAGACAUGCAAGAAAUGGUAGCACGGCUGCCAUGGCAAAACAGCUGCACCGGCAAUAUGGCCCGGCCGUGAGAGUUGGGCCGAAAGAAGUGUGGUUCAACACGAAAGAAGCAUACGAUCAAAUUUACAGCACGGGAACACGCGGAUAUGAAAAGUCCGACUUCUAUUUGGCCACGGCGCUUGUGAGGCCUCGCAUAGAUUGGCAGUUGAAUGCUGAAUUCGAGGACAAUCUCGACUUGCUAUCUGAAAGGGACAUGCAUCGGUACAGACUACAACGCCGGCUCAUCGGGCGAGUCUACCGGACGGCCAAUGCGACUCGCCAUGAACACGCCAUUAACACUGUCCUGGAUGCCGUUACGGAAAAGUUUAACUCCAUGAAUGGCGCAGAAAUAGAUCUGAAAGAGUGGAUGCAUAUAGUCGCUGUGGAAUCACUCGGCGCCAUGGUUCUGUCUUGGUCGCCCGGGAUGCUCAAAGCCGAAACGGACCGCCACACCAGCUACCAGAGCUAUCUCGGCUGGCGGCGCAAGUCAGUCUUUGGCUUGUUUCCUCUGAUAACCAAGCUUGAAGUCAACCACAAAUGGAUUGGAAGGAUAUUCGGCACGCUUUGGGGCAUCACAUAUCAGACUCCAAAGGGCUUCCGGCCCUUCUUCCCUGACGUGGCUAGGAAGGUAGCGCGGCGAAUAAAGAAUGCGACGAACCCGACCAAUAACCAGAGAGAAGAUCUCAUGACUGAUCUGAUCAGCUUGCACAAGGACAAGCCCGAGUUUACAGAGCUAUACCUACGAAAAAUGGCCGUUACCAACUUUGGUGCUGGGCACGAGACUCUUGCGUCAACCCUGACCGCCAUCAUGGCCAUGCUAGGAACACAUCCAGAAGUACAGUCCGUCGCAAGACAAGAAAUACAUUCCCAGCAGGCGUCAAAAUCACACAAAGCAGCCAGUAGCGUAAGGUACGCGGAUGCAUCAGAGCUGGUAUACACACGAGCAGUCAUCAGAGAAGCCAUGCGCCUUUUACCCGUGAUUAGCAUGAGCCUGCCGCGCGUGGUGCCCCUCGAGGGCGGCGGGCUGCAGCUCCACGGGCACUACAUCCCGCCCGGCACCACCGUGGGAUGCAAUCCCGUCGCACUCCAUCGAAAUCCAGACAUAUGCGGUCCCAACCCCGACACGUUCGACCCUCAUCGCUGGCUCACUGGCCGCGACAGGUCUGACGACGACGACGACGGCGAGGCUCGCGUUCGUGCGCUGGAGCGCUACAGCCUCAAUUGGGGUGGCGGCUCGCGGACGUGUCCCGGCCGGCACGUGGCCGAGAUGAUUGUGCUCAAGUGCGUCGUGCGGCUGCUCGAGCGGUUUGAGAUUCGCGCCGUUGUCCCCCCCGAGGAGGAGCAGGGCCCGACAUACUUUUUGGCCAUGCUGACGGGAGCUCGCGCGAGGUUUCUGCCUUUGGAGGAGAGCAAGUUGGGGUGA